UACAUAUGUUUGUAUGCAUGCAUAUGCGCUGUUGCAGUGUGUACAGUGUGCAUGUGUGAAAAGUGAAAAGUGCAGCAGCAGUGCAGUGAACACUUGCAUUCAAAAUGCUUAACGGAUUAAAACUUUUUACAUUUUUAUGGCUGGCGCAUGCGGCGGCGAACACUUGGAUGAAUUUCAACGGCGUUCAAGCACAACCGUCGUCAUUAACCGAGAAAAUCCCAUUAGGCGCCAUAUUUGAACAAGGCACUGAUGAGGUGCAAUCAGCGUUUAAAUACGCAAUGCUCAAUCACAAUCUCAACGUAUCGUCCCGCCGAUUCGAGCUGCAAGCGUACGUGGAUGUCAUCAACACAGCAGAUGCAUUUAAAUUGUCGCGCUUAAUAUGCAAUCAAUUUUCGCGUGGCGUUUAUUCUAUGCUGGGUGCCGUAUCACCGGAUUCAUUUGAUACAUUGCACUCGUACAGCAAUACAUUUCAAAUGCCAUUCGUGACACCAUGGUUUCCAGAGAAAGUGCUGACGCCCUCGUCCGGUUUCCUCGACUAUGCCAUAAGUAUGCGUCCGGAUUAUCAUCAGGCGAUCAUCGAUACAAUACAAUUUUAUGGAUGGCGUAAAAUAAUUUAUCUCUACGAUUCGCAUGACGGACUCUUGCGACUGCAACAAAUUUACCAAGGACUCAAACCGGGCAACGAGUCAUUUCAAGUGGAGAUGGUUAAACGUAUUGCCAACAUAACAAUGGCCAUCGACUUUCUGCAUACGCUCGAGGAUUUGGGACGCUUCAACAACAAAUACAUUGUGCUCGAUUGUCCAACGGAAAUGGCGAAACAAAUACUCAUACAACAUGUGCGCGAUAUAUCGCUAGGACGAAGGACGUAUCAUUAUUUGUUAAGCGGUUUGGUAAUGGAUGAUCGUUGGGAAAGUGAAAUCAUCGAAUUUGGCGCCAUCAAUAUAACCGGAUUUCGUAUUGUUGACACUAAUCGGCGGUUUGUACAUGAUUUCCUUGACAAUUGGAAGCGUUUGGAUCCGGCGACAUCGAUGGGCGCGGGCAGAGAAUCAAUAUCGGCACAGGCCGCCCUCAUGUACGAUGCCGUUUUCGUUCUCGUCGAAGCUUUCAACAAAAUUCUGCGCAAGAAACCCGAUCAAUUCCGCAACAACAUCCAACGUCGAGGUCAACAAACGCUUAUGGCAGCGGCCUCCACGUCCAUUAACGGUACAAUGGGCAUGACAGGUGGCGGCAAUGCUGGCGGCAUGGGCAGCGGUAUCGGCGGCAGUGGCGGUGGUGGCGGCGGCGGCGGCGGAGGAGGUAUUGGCCCUGGUGGCGGCAGUGGCGGUAGCAAUACGCCGCGGGCACUCGACUGCAACACAUCGAAGGGCUGGGUGAACCCGUGGGAGCAUGGUGAUAAAAUUUCGCGCUAUUUGAGAAAGGUGGAAAUCGAAGGUCUCACCGGCGACAUUAAAUUCAACGAUGACGGCCGACGUGUAAACUACACACUGCAUGUUGUCGAAAUGACUGUCAACAGCGCCAUGGUGAAGGUGGCCGAAUGGAGUGAUGACGGUGGCCUUCAACCGCUCUCCGCCAAGUAUAGCCGAUUUAUUGGCCAAGAAGUUGGGCAUCAAUUAUGAAUUGCGUCUGGUCAAGGAUGGUACCUACGGUUCAGAGAAUCCAACGGUGCGCGGUGGCUGGGAUGGCAUGGUCGGUGAACUGGUACGACGGGAAGCGGAUAUUGCAAUCGCUGCCAUGACUAUUACCGCCGAACGGGAGCGUGUCAUCGAUUUCAGCAAACCAUUCAUGUCACUGGGCAUUUCAAUAAUGAUCAAGAAACCAGUGAAGCAGACGCCUGGUGUAUUCAGUUUCAUGGAUCCUUUAUCGCAGGAAAUUUGGAUGAGCGUCAUUUUCAGUUACAUUGGUGUUAGUAUUGUGCUAUUCUUUGUUUCCCGCUUCUCACCGUACGAAUGGCGCAUUGUGCAAUAUCAGACAGAUUCGCAUGCACAUCACGAACAAAUGGCCAAUCAACAGCCGCCAGGCAUCAUUGGCGGUAACAGACUCAGCCAGCCAAGCAGCCACGUACCAAAUUCACCGGUCAACGAGUUUAGCAUUUUGAAUUCAUUUUGGUUUGCCUUGGCCGCCUUCAUGCAACAGGGCUGCGACAUAUCACCGCGUUCCAUCUCCGGUCGCAAAGUUGGCGCCGCUUGGUGGUUUUUCACGCUCAUUCUAAUUUCAUCGUACACAGCCAAUUUGGCAGCAUUUCUCACAGUUGAACGAAUGGUGACACCAAUCAAUUCACCCGAAGACUUAGCUAUGCAAACGGAAGUGCAGUAUGGUACGCUGUUGCAUGGCUCUACGUGGGAUUUCUUCCGGAGAUCCCAAAUCGGCUUACAUAAUAAAAUGUGGGAGUACAUGAAUUCGCGCAAGCAUGUCUUUGUGAGCACUUACGAUGAAGGCAUACGUCGGGUGCGUACGUCAAAAGGCAAGUAUGCGCUAUUGAUGGAAUCACCAAAGAAUGAAUACGUAAAUGCCAGGGAACCAUGCGAUACGAUGAAAGUCGGCCGUAAUCUGGAUACGAAAGGAUUUGGCAUCGCAACGCCAAUCGGAUCACCAUUGAGAGAUCCGAUUAAUUUGGCUGUGCUGUCGCUGAAAGAAAAUGGUGAAUUGAUAAAAUUGCGCAAUAAAUGGUGGUAUGACAAAACGGAAUGCAACCUCAACAAGGACAAUCAGGAGACAUCACGCAGUGAAUUGUCGUUGAGUAAUGUGGCUGGUAUAUUUUAUAUAUUGAUCGGUGGCCUCUUAGUGGCCGUCUUUGUGGCCAUUAUCGAGUUCUGCUUUCGCAGCAAAACAUCAACGCAAAAGGCGAAUGGCUCCAUGUUGAGUUCGGCGUCCGGUGGGGGCUCACAUCAGAGGAAUUCCCUAACAGAUGCCAUGCAUUCCAAAGCGAAAUUGACUAUUCAAGCGAGCAGAGAAUAUGAUAACGGACGUGUUGGGAUUACUGGCGACUUGGAUGGCACAUUGGGCGGCUACACUGCCAUCCGCCUGCUGGGCGACAUUUUCGUGAUGGCCGCAUUGACGCUGCUCAACACCGCCAUCGUCAUUGCAGUGCGCGAGACAUCGGAGGGACGCGGUGAGGUAUGCCGUCAGUAUGUCUGGGGUGCGAUCGCUUAUGUGCCGCUCUUCUCGCCCAUCGAUUUGUUUGCCUUUUCGAGUGACUCGAAACACGACGCCGCACUGGUGGCACUAAUACUUGUCAUUGUGUGUCUGCUCAUCGGUGCAUUAGUGCUGCUGUUUGCCUCGCAAAUGCCGCUUAGCCCGCCGGAGUGGUGGGGUGGCACACAAAGACCGGCAUGCUCGUCUAUCCCAUGUCGGCAAUACGUCGCUAUAGCCCUGAAAUAUUCGUGCUUACACUUGUCGCCAUACUAUUCGGCACAUUCUGGAGCUGCAUUCACAGUUUUCUCAUUUGGACAUUCAGCGAUACGUAUGCGGUCACCUAUUCUGGGUUGAUUUUGGUGUUGGUGCUGUUCUUCAAUGUCGACAAAUUCAUCGAAUAUUGUGGACAUUCGAAUAUCUUUAUCGGCGGCUUUGCGAUUUUCAUCAUACGCUUCACUGCGCUGAGCAGCGAUGGCACCCAGUGGCUGACCGUUGUCAUGGAGGCUAUCGAGCCGGUCGUCA